UACCGGGUGCCUGGCGUCAGUUUGAAUGUUUGGCGCGGGUUAGCUGCAGACGUUUUGUUGUCGCAGUAAAAGAGAAAAGCAGAAUGGCCUCCCCUGUCACAUGCACCGAUGAGGGCGCGUUCAAGACCCCUAAAAGCGUCCGAGUGAAGAGCGUUGGAAGCAGUGGAGGCACCCCCAUGACCAUCCCAGCUUCACCUUUCAUGAAGAAGUUGGGCUGUGGGACCGGAGUCAAUGUUUACCUCAUGAACAGAGUGGGAAAGCUGAACGCGUCUCCGUGGGCUGUGAAGAAGAUCAACAGUAAAUGUGCAGCCAAGCAGGUGGCUGUUUACCAGAAACGCCUGAACGAGGAGGCAAAGAUCCUGAAGGGAAUAAAUCAUCCAAACAUUGUUGGUUUCCGUGCCUUCGCCACAGCCAAAGACGGCUCCAAGUGUCUGGCUAUGGAAUAUGGAGGAGAGCAGUCCCUCAAUGACCUCAUAGAGAAGAGGAGAGAGGACGGCCUCAAAGCUUUUCCUGCAGCCAACAUAGAAAAAGUCGCGCUGCAUGUGGCUCGUGGCCUGCAGUAUCUUCACAAUGAGAAGAAGCUGCUGCACGGCGACAUGAAGUCCUGCAACGUGGUCAUUAAAGGCGACUUUGAGACGGUCAAGAUCUGUGAUGUUGGUGUGUCUCUGCAGCUGGAUGAAAACAUGAGAGUAUCAGAUCCAAAGGCGGAGUACAUCGGCACAGAGCCGUGGAAGCCGAAGGAGGCUCUGGAGGAGGGAGGAGAGAUCAGCGACAAGGCCGACAUCUUUGCCUUCGGUCUGACUCUGUGGGAGAUGAUGACGCUGGCUAUGCCUCAUCUGGAGAUGCUGGAGGACGACGAUGAUGAGGAGGAGGAGGAUGAAGACGAAUCAGAGGAGAGCUUUGACGAGGACGCCUACUACGAGAGGCUGGGGACGAGGCCGGCGCUGGAUGCUGAGGCUCUGGGCAGCUCGUACCGGAGGAUGGUGGAGCUGUUCUACCUCUGCACAGAAGAAGACCCCAAGAAGAGACCCUCAGCCGCCCAGAUCGUCCAGGCUUUGGAGAGCAACGCCCCGCUGGAGAAAACACCUUGUGAGGUGAUUGUUAUCGACUGAUUUGCAAAGCAAAUUCUGCAUUUUCAUAUAGAAGCUGCAAAUUAGGAAUGUUCUGAGUCCAGUCCAGUUUGGUAAAUGACGAGUUAAAAGAUUUAUGUGGCAGAUUAUAUGGACACAACAUAAAUACCCUGCCCAUGUUUCCUUAUUUUUCAGUUUGGGAGGAUUUUUUAUACCAGUUUAAAAACAGAAACUACUCCAGUCUCCAGGAAAUAUAAAUGUUAGGAAACAGCCCCGUCACUGGUUAGAGUCAGUUGACGUAAGCUACUGAGACUGACUUUAAUCUCUUUACUGUACUUCUUUAUUUGACACUUGCAGUUUGUGUGUUUCUCUCCUGUCCUGUCGACUUUUAUAGUGUAAAUGUCUUUUACUUUCCUCACUUGUCACUUUCUCUUUAAGUUAUUCCUGAAUAUCUCUGUGACUUUUCCACCUCUGUAAACUUUGGUAAAAUUCUCCUUUCAUGUUUCUUGGUGAAACUUUCAUUUGUAUCACUAAAUUAGACUAAAAGCCCACGA